AUGCAAUAUGUGAAUCGUGGAAUUCUGGCAAUCAACCGGAUAAUUUACUCUGCAUUUCAAAUUCUACCGUAUGACAAUUUAAUCGUGCAACAUUUACGUAUCCUACCGUAUAACCAUUUACAAUACUUUUCUUUUGCUAGGGCAGAACCAGCGGAUCGUUUAUUGCGAAUUAUUGGUAAUGGCGUUGUCAAGGAUGGCUAUAAUAUGUUUAUGACACCCAGUCAAGCUGAAGGCAAAACAACCAUAGUAUCCGUGGCUAUAUAUAUUGAAUCGAUGUCAUCGUUUAGGACGCAAACAAUGGAUUUUGAAGUUGAUAUGUAUCUUGCUCUAGGCUGGUAUGAUCGUCGCUUAGCCCAUAACUGUACACAUCCAGUGCUUGUAACACAUAAAUUCAUUGUUGAUCGUUUGUGGCAACCAGACCUCUAUUUUGUUAAUUCCAAAUUUGCCUACCUCCAAGAAGUAACAACACCAAAUUUCAUGGUUAUCGUUUAUCCAGAUGGCUUGAUAUUCAAAUCUAUGAGAUUGGAUGUGACAUUAUCAUGCAUGAUGGAUUUACAACGAUUCCCAAUGGAUAAACAAGAAUGUCCACUCAUUAUCCAAAGCUAUGCUUACGUAGAAAAUUUAGUAAAUCUAACAUGGCACGAAGAUCCACCGUACUUUCCUUUUGGAAGUAAUAGCGAAAUUAAAACGAACGAUAUGGUUAUCACGAAUACAAGAUUUGAGAAGUGCCUAACACCGUAUAAGAUGUUUCGUGGUUCUGGUAAUUUGUUUCGUUUCAAAAAUGCUCGAUUGUAA